ACCAUUGAACCAUUCCAUUUCUCUCUCUAACAGCCACUUCUCUCUCUUACCUUCUUCGUCCCCAUUUCUGUUUCCUCCAUUUCUCAGAAACAGGGGUGAAGGUUAACCCAAUUUAUGACCCGAUUUCAACUCCCAUAUCCGACCCGUUUCCCUGCAUAAUCACCCGGACACCAAUACAUGAUGCCCUAGUUCUUGGGGGCAUCAUCAUCUUCAACAGUUCCUCUUUAAUACUUUCGAAUUUCUGGAAGAAAUCAACAUUUUGGGAUCGUUACAUUUGGGCCCCAUUUAGUUGAUUCCUCAAGAUCAGAGAGACAAUUGGUGGGUGCCAUUUAUUUUGCAAAUUGAUGAACCCUAACUUGUUAUGCCUAAUUGUUAAAUUUGGUGAAGAUUUUGCUUAAUUGGGGAGAAACCCAGAUGUCAGGAGGAUUUGGGGAGUUGAUUUGGAUGAAAGGGGUUCAAACGAAGGUAAAUGGGUGUUGAAGAUUCAUAUAGUUGACACCAAAUUAGCUUUGAAUUGAGGUUUAGUGAUUGAUUUGCCCAUGUAUGGAUCCGUCAUUGUUGAUCUUAACUUUUUUGGGUGUUUGCUUUUGCUUCCUUGCUCUUGCCGUGCAAUCUCAGCAAAAUGUGAGCCCUCCUCCUCCUCCGCCGUCUAAGGAAUCUCCACCUCCACCUCCACCUCCACCUCCUCCGCCGCCGCCUCCACCACCAUCACCGCGGCCUCCUCCGCCAUCCCAGCAAAAACACCAUCCUCCACCACCAGCAAAAUCUCUUCAUUCUGCUCCGGAAAUGACUACCUCGGAGAGUAAACACGCUAAUCAUGAUAAAAAACACCACAACUCUUAUGAGAAAUCGCAUCAACUAGCAAAGAAAAGGAAGCCAAAUUUGGGGAAGAAACUGGGGUUAGUGUUUGUGGGUGUUGCUGGGAUGUUGCAGGUGUGUGUGGUGGCGUUCUUGCUAAUAAAGAGAAGACAAUUGUUGAAGGCUGGUAGUAGAUUUUGAAUGAUCAUUUGAAUAUGGAUGUAUAUUAGUUAGUCUAAUUAAUUCAGAUUUUUAUGAGAGCGCAAAUGGCAAUGAACACGGCAUUGAUGAAUUAGAAGCAUUGGGUUCAUCUGAAAUGUAGAUUUCUGCAUUUGCAUUGGUGGCUACUGUAAAUUUGGUCUUAAAGUUGUAAGAAUGAUAUCUUGCUUUGUUUGUCAAUUUUAAGGAACUGUCUUGGAUUUGUUCUGGAGAACAUAAUGUUACGUCUUCUCUGUCCGGUGAGUAAAGAAUAAUGUAGUGAAACGAGCAUACUGUUGAUGAAGGCAUGACCUGUCAUCGUCGAAACUGAAAUAUGAUUUCUAAUGUAGAGGUUAAACCGAAAACUCUGUAACUGUUGGUAUAGUCUAACUGUUGUAUCUGAUAUGAAAACUUACUAAUCC